AUGCCGUCUUCAACCACAACUAAUACUACGUUCAGACUGAGUGGCUCCGGUUACGCUUCUCCUGUGGCGGCAAUGCCGAAAAGUGGGAAAGAAGAAAUGAGGUCAUCACCUGAGAGCGUUGGUCCUGCACCAGCGAAACCGAAGCAAUCGAAAAGCAGAAAUGGUAAGCACAGACACCGCCCUUACGCAGUUCGACAGAGGAGGAUGAGCCCACCAAUCUGUGUCUGGGGGAGUGAUGGAAUUUACACCAUUGUUGGAAUACUGAUCUUGUAUCGAUAGGAUGCGUUACAUGUAAGGCUAAGAGAUUGAAGUGCGACGAAUCUAAGCCUACCUGCCACCAAUGUGCGUAGAACCUUAUCGGUGAUUCCUGAGCAUUUUGGGCCUUGGCUCUUGGCCUGGUUUGGGAGUUAAGAAUGGGCGGUCACUGACAAAUGGGCUAUAGGUCAAAAGCGCGGGGUGCCCUGCGGGGGUUACAAGAAAGAUUUUAAAUGGAGACCCUUCGAAGAAGCUAGUCUGGGAAAGGCACCCAAACCUCCACGCAAAAGUACAGUUAUCAUCCACUAUCGCUUACCAGCCGGUAGCUGACCAUGUCUAGGUCUGGGAGCGUCAAAACCGAAGAGAUCUUCUCCCCCGCUAUCUAGUCCAGAAGCAUCUAUCACCACAUCUCCCGCGGCGCCUAUCGGGGCUCCCCAACCCUCACCUCUAGAAUCUAGCUUCGGCUCCCCAUCUGCACACUCACAAUAUGGGUCUUCACAGGAUACACCAUGUAUGCGUGAGCAGCGUUCAUCUAUAUCUCCAAGCGGUUUCGAUUUAGAUUCGGCGUUCUUGCUACCCCUGGACUCCCCGGGUCACAUAACAUCGCUGUCGACCCAGGCUCAGCCGGGCCUUCUCGGGUCGCAACAUCCAGGGGCCUUUGCCCUCACUAGCACGUCAGACCUAGCGCCCGCUUCCCCGGAUGAUAGGAAUGGUGUGCUUGGCGUAUCAGCCGAAUCCGAUGGGGGCACGCCGGAUGCCGCGGGCUCGCUCGCCCCUAUGAAUGGCUUGGUUCCGAUCACUUCCGCACCAAUGCACCAGCUCAUAGGUGUUCCAUCGUUUGGAUAUUCAGGGCCAUUUUAUUCCCCCACAGUCGAUACGAUCCCAGCAAUUGUGAAAGAGGAGCUGGAAGAGGAUGACGAGAUUGAGGAAGUCAUCCGUUCAGGCCCAAAUUCACAGUCCGACUGGGUGGUCCCCAUACUCCCAACUGCUUCUGCCAAUUCAUCAAGAUCUAGAUCUUCACGUGGGGGAGCAUUUGUCAGCGCGAACGACAUAUUCCGUCGACCAGCAGUCACGGCAGGUAGCCAAGAAAUGCUUGUACUGCACUUCGACAAGAACACAUGUGGCAUAAUGUCGGUCAAGGAUGGCCCCAACGAGAAUCCGUGGAGAACCCUCAUUUGGCCCCUUGCACGGGAUUCACCAGCCCUCUAUCAUGCGAUCGCAUCCAUGACAGCUUUCCACAUGUCUGGAGGCAAGCCGGAACUUAGAGUGCAAGGGAUGGAACAUAUGCGUCGCUCGAUCCGCUGCUUGGCCGAUGACAUUGACAUACGCAGCGGUGAUAACUGGAACGAGGCGGCACUCGCGACUACCCUAGUGCUUGCAUUUUCCGAAGCGUUUGAUCGACACACAUCCACUGGGAUAGAGCAUUUGAGAGGGGCUAAGAUUCUCGUCAAACAGGCCCUGGUAAAGCAAAGCACUGAUGAGGUUGCCCACAGGAGAUUGGGGUUCUUGUACAAUGUUUGGGUUUAUCUUGAUGUUCUCGCCCGUCUUACCUCCGAUGAAGAUGAAGAUGAUCAGGGACCUGGAUUCGCGUUGAAUAGGCCCUUAACACCUAUUAGUGAGGUUGACCCGUUGUUGGGUUGCGCGGCCACCCUCUUCCCUUUGAUUGGAAGGGUCGCGGGUCUUGUUCAAAAGGUCCGCGGGACCGACCGGAAUACAUAUGACAUUAUCAGCCAUGGUAUGAGGAUUAAGCAUCUACUCGAGCGGUGGGCCCCUGAGCCUUACUACGAUCCUCCAGAGGAUAGUUCUAGCGAUGUUGUGCAUUGUGUCAAGACCGCAGAGGCAUACCGUUACGCCACGCUUUUAUAUCUCCAUCAGGCCGUCCCGGAGCUCCCGUCUCUGGGCUCUCAUGAGCUUGCGCGGAGGGUAAUGCAGUUGCUUGCUGAAAUCCCCAUGACCUCUCGGAGUUGCAUAGUGCAUAUAUAUCCUCUUCUCGUUGCUGGCUGCGAAGCGAUAACCGAACGGGAAAGAUCCUGGGUCAAGGGCCGUUGGGAGGACAUGUGCUCGAGGUUGUGGAUCGGCAACGUAUCAAAAGCUUGGGAGGUUAUGAAGGAGGUCUGGGUGCGUAGAGAUAGAUUCUGGGAAUCACAGGAAGCCCUUCAGCGAUAUUCCCUAUCUCCGACUGGCACGCGGUUCUGUUCUCCAACAUUGGAUGCUCCAGUAUAUAAGGGCACAGUAAGUCCUGUGGGAUCUGGGAUGGAGGAGGUGUACGGAUGGGGAGGAGCUACCUUGGGCGAGGAUAGAGACAUUGAACCUCAGAGACGAACCAUGAUUGAUGAUUCCUCUGGGGGGCCGGGUGUGGCGGGCGGGAAUACUCCCUCGAGCAUACUUGCGGAGCAUGAGAUGUCGGUGAAGGGGAAUCUGCACUGGGUUGGCGUCAUGAGGGACUGGAAGUGGGAAGGUGAACACCCCGAGCAAAACGUCCGCCAAAAUUUGCUCACUGCUAACCUUUGGUAA